UUUUAUAUACUCGGUCAUCUAGGAACUGAAGCUGACCGACCGCUGCAGAGAACCUGCAUGUUUCCUAAAACGUCAAGGCAACCUAGUCAAAGACACCUUAUCUCCGUGAGAAACGCGAAUAUUCCGAUAUUCCGCCUUCUAAAACUCGGACCCGACGAUGGUUGGACAACGACGAUUGAGUACUUGGAACUACCAUGCCUCCAAGCCUCAUCUUUUUCACGGGAGCUCCACCAGCAGAGUCCUUAGAGUGGGAUGAAGACCAUCUCCUGAAGACUUUCGAGGGCCCAAUUGCUCGAUUUACAGGCCUCGACACUACUGCACAAGUGUCUAUUAUACCGGCUACCUUCGAGGAUCGUCCAGCAUGGCGGUCUCUCCCAUUAGUACGGGAACAACUACCUACCGGGCUGAGCCAGACCUUUGACAAACACCAAGUCUUCGAAAGUGGAUGGCAACAUCAAUCACACGGAGCUUCAUUCUUUACGACUUCGCAAGUUGAAUCUCUCAUUUCACAGCUCUCACAAGACGUGGAGUCACAAGAUCAACCUUCCAGUCUCCAGUCCGUGGAGGAAGUCUUGUCCCAAUUCUACGAAGAAUCGUACGCCAGACAUGAAGAUGUCCAAUCCUCUCAGAUUGCCCCAGCAUCCGAGUCUGGGUCAUCAUUCACCAGCGAUGAGCUUUCAUACGAGUCCGCGUCUUUCGAUUCCAUAUCUCGCCCUCGAGGCAAUGUACCCAUUGCAGGUCACUUGAGCAACCUCAAAGAUAUGCCAAAUGCCAACCACUUGGACUCAAUACAACCUCAAACGAUGACCGUCAAUCUUAUUGUGGGCAUCAUCUCGAUGCCCCAGCCAAGAAAUAUCAAGACCCGACGUGGAGCAAACGUGGAACUCAUCGAAGUGCUUGUGGGCGACGAGACAAAGUCCGGAUUUGCCGUCAACUUCUGGCUUUCGUCAUCCCAACCAGUGGUUGGAGACAUGAGAAGUGUUCUCCAAGGUCUCAGACCCCAGGACGUUGUGUUGAUGCGAAACGUGGCAUUGAGCAGCUUCAAAAGACGAGUUUAUGGACAGAGUCUAAGGAAAGAGAUGACCAAGGUCCAUCUUCUAUAUAGGAAUCGAGUAGACAGAGAUGACGUGGGUGGAUGCUACACUGCCGCCGAUCUCCUGUCAGGAGAGCAUGUUCAACCACAGGUAGAAAAGACGAGACGUACCAGGGAAUGGGUCAUGAGAUUUGUUGGUGUUGGUGUAGGACCUUCCAGGCAAAACAGGAGAAGUGGUAAAGCAAUCGAAGUUGCGAAAGAAGCUUUACCUCCAGAUACACAAUGAGAAUCGAGUCGCAAGCAACAUGCUUAUAACCUGGCUCUUUGGCAUUGAUAAUGGAAAGGAGCUGGAGACCAGCCUCAAGCUCAGAGCGACAUUUCAAAUCCACGCCCACUUAGCCUUGGUUGAUGCCUCGUUUAUUGCCAGAUGGACAACCGAAGGUCCUCGGUGUCCAGCAACUACAAUCGGUCUCCCAAAGAGCGGCCGAGC